GCCUCUUCCAGCGGCUCCACCCCGGCCCGGUCCCCGGAUGUUCCCGUCUAUAGAGAAGCUGACGGAUCCAUGAUGGCGGCUUCGGCCUGAGAGCUGAGUGGGGUGUGGAGCCUGACCGUGGGAGAAAGAGAGAGAUACCCCUAGGGGAGACAAGUCGCCACAUUGCGGUGUCACGUGGCGGCGGCGCAGAGGAAGAGACCAUCCGGCCCCCAACGCCCAGCGAUGGCGCACCAGAAGCGGAGCCGGGACCAGGCCUGGCCGGAGGAGGCGGGCGACAAGGAGCACGGCCUGUACAGCUUGCACCGGAUGUUCGACAUUGUGGGGACGCACCUGACCCACCGGGACGUGCGGGUCCUCUCCUUCCUCUUUGUGGACGUUAUAGACGAUUACGAGCGCGGCAUGAUCCGCACGGGGAGGGACUUUCUGCUGGCCCUGGAGAGGCAGGGCCGCUGUGACGAGACAAACUUUCGCCAAGUCCUCCAGCUGUUACGGAUUAUCACGCGGCACGACCUGCUACCGUACGUGACGCUGAAGAGGAGACGGGCCGUGUGCCCGGAUCUUGUAGACAAAUACCUCGAAGAGACUUCCAUUCACUACAUGACGCCGCGGACGCACAGCAGCGGAGAGUCCAGCACGGAGCACUUACGCUCACCUGCCCCACCCCACCACCCCAUGGUGUGUUCCCCUUCCUCCGGACCCCAAAUCUGCACUAAGAGGCCUGGACGGGGCAGACCGCCCCUUAACAGCCAAAAGAAGAGGAGGAAAUCCAUCACGCCGGACCCAAAGGAGAAGCAAACGUGCGAUAUCCGGCUGCGGGUACGGGCAGAGUACUGCCAGCACGAGACGGCACUACAAGGCAACGUCUUCUCCAACAAGCAGGACCCCCUGGAGCGCCAGUUCGAGCGUUUCAACCAGGCCAACACCAUCCUAAAAUCCCGGGACCUGGGCUCCAUCAUCUGCGACAUCAAAUUCUCCGAGCUGACCUACCUGGACGCCUUCUGGCGCGACUACAUCAACGGCUCUUUGCUGGAGGCGCUGAAAGGCGUCUUCAUCACGGACUCCCUCAAGCAGGCCGUGGGCCACGAGGCCAUCAAGUUGCUGGUCAACGUGGACGAGGAAGACUACGAAAUCGGGCGGCAGAAACUGCUUCGGAACUUGAUGAUGCAAAGCACGCUGUGACGCCAGCAGAGAGAACCCUUUUUUUGGG